UCGACCCACCACUUAACCUCUACACUUCAUCUAUAGCAGACAACAUGACCACAGAAGAAGUGUGUUCGCAACUGGACAAAAUGGAUUUGCAAGAAGACGUGUCGAAGGAGAACUGCAAAAACAUUUUGCAAACGAAGCAUUCCUUGCCGCAAAUCACGGUGCAGGAAAACAACAAGAUGGAAAACUCGGGAAAGAACGUGUUGGAGAUUAACAAGAAUUUCCUUCAAGAGAAUCGGACGAGGUCUACGCCUACCUCGCCUAGCUUCUUCCGCAGUCAGAGCGUUCAGUCGCGUCCUCCUCGGCGGGAGUCCCCGGUCAUUCGGCUGGCGUUGUUCCCCCGGUUGGAGAAGUGCGUGUCGGAGCCGGAAGUGUGGAAUGACAAGGGACAGACCAUGGAGGAGCCGGGGAAGGUCCAGGGGGAGUCAGCAUGUCCGGGCUCCAGGUCGGAGGGGCACAUCUCCCACAUGAGCGAGGCCGGGGAGAAGACCCAGGAGGAGGCGCUGGACGCUGUCGUUGAUGAGAUAGACAAGCACAGCAUGUUGUCGGAUACAUCGCAGCCCCCUGUGAUAGGCCUUAGGCCAGAUCCACCGCCCCCGCUGCCAGACGAAGGUCUCAUCAUGCCCCGCAAGCUGCCCAACCCUUGCCUACAGUCUCGUGACCAUCGGGACCUGCACAGAGAACUGCUCUUCAACCAGAAAGUAGGAAAGAAUGUGCUGAACCAGAAGUCAGAGCUACAGAGGGCCCUGGAGAAACACAAAGAAUCUCAGAUGAAGAAGGAGAUGGAGCAGCAGAAACAGGAGACUCGAACACCCUUUGAGAAGGUCAUAGAGGAGAGAGCUCGCAGACUGGAAUCUCUGGAAAAGAACAAUGGGGAAGAGGAUCCAACCUCAAACAACAAGCCGGAGUUCCUCCAAGUACAUGCAAAACUGAGAAAGAGAAUGGACUCUAAGUAGUCUUAGAAUAUAGCAAUCUCCUCCAAUUGUAAAGUCUUACCCUUUUACCAAGCAAUUUGUUUUAUUUGCUGUAGUGAUAUGCUUUCGUUAGUGAUGUCUUAGUUUACCGAACCUGUAAAUAUUUGUAAUGUCGCGGUUCAAAAUCUGUAGCCACCUCAAAUUACCCUGUACAGUCUUUUAGUGUAAAAAUGAAAAUAAAUAUUGAAAAGAUGACAGUUAUCCUUGAACAACAGAUGUAUUCACCUGUUGUGAGAAAGGUCCAUUUGAAUCUUGUGUUAGAGUACAAUAUAAAAUAGGCGUUUCUUGCUAGCAAUACAGCUGAUCGGCGCAUUGAAUGGUGCCUUUAAAUUACCACGGUUUCUGCAUCUGUUGAUCGGUACAAAUAGAGAAUACUAAAGAAUUGAUUAAGUGCCUGUAGAAUGUCGUCACGUUCUAUUUUAUUUCAUCCAAGAACUUGGGUGCUGCUGUAACCAUAUGAGUUGUCAGUAGACGUAGCUCACGAUUUCAACAGAACAGGGUAGUAUAAGAGCAUAUUUUUCUUGAAAAACACAAGCAAUACCAGAACUGAAGUGAAUGAAAGUUAAACAACCAUAAUAGGUUUGUCAUUAUCACAAAAUGAUUUCUCUUUUAGGGAGGUUUACUUUUUAGGUCUAUUCUUGCCUUUAGUUCUAUCGAAUGAGUAAACACUAUUAUUGUGCUGUUGUGUUAUUUUAAAUGGUAUAUGUUGAAAGAAAAAUUAGAUGGAAGGAACAUAAUGAGUCUCCUUCAAAACAAAAAUAUAUUUUAAUCAUUCAAAUUACAAUCAAAGUUUUAAUUUCAAUGUUAAUGCAAUGUGUUAUAAGACUUCUUGUCAAAGUUAGUCUUCCGAUGAGUGAAUAGCAAGCAAAUAGUCAAUUAAAUGUAUACAAUCAGAAUUUGCUGUUUGCUAUUUUUUUUUAUCUCUUGACUGCAAUGUAGUUUGGCUGAUUGCUCAGAAAAACGAGAAAUCAAAUAUUUUUACAGAUUUGUAAAGCAGUGUUGUAAGAAGCUUUAUGUGUGAAUUUAAUUUUUAACUCAAAAUACGCUUGAAUUAAAGUAUUGUUCUAUUGUGUGAUAUAUCGUUAUAAAGUAUAUUUCAAAGAGUAAUAUUAUUACAAUUAAGGUUUAAAAGAUCAUAAAAACCAUUCUCAUAAGCCUAAAUACAAGAUAAAUCUGGAAUCCCAAUUAUAAUGAACGUUGGUUUGACAGUAAGUUCUAAACGUUUCUAGUUCCAAUGCUAUUUCUUCAGAAAGUGGAUUCAACUCCAAGGUACAAAAUGACCUUUCAGACGUAAAUAAGCAAAUAAGUAUUAUCUGUAAAUUAGUCGUCCAGUUUUAAUGUUCUAUUAGAAGCCUAAUAGAAAAAGGUAAAUAGAAAUUGUUCAUUAGACGUAAGAGAUAAUAUUAAAAUCUUAUCUUAAAAUAUCUUUAACGUUACACCUAUACAACUAUUUGCUUAAUCAAUUACUGUCGUUAACAUUCCCAACUGAAAUAUAGAAAUGGUCUUGUAUCAACAUUAACAAGUCAGUAAAUAACUGUAAUGAUAAAUAAUAGAGUAGGUGUUCAAUCUUCAAAGAUGAAAAGGUAUAUUUGGGUAUUAACUGUCACAGAAAUGUUUUGUGUUUCAGUACAAUAUUUUAAGAACAUUUCUUAUUUUUCAAAUUAGUCCAUUAAUCAGAGUGGUUAUUUUAGUCCGGUGUGCACACAGCCUAAAAGUAAUAGAAAGAUAACCCAUUUAUAUCUUUUCAUGACUUGUUCAUUUGCAUCUAUAAAUCUCUUGUUACUUCUAAGCUUAUCCAGUGAGUACUGUAGUGGAAUUAUUUUGAUUUCUGUUUGUUGUACGAGAACAUAUUUUUAUGUGAAUAUAUUAAUUAAUAGUGUAUUGUCAGUGUAUACAAGGAGCAACACAAAUGUUAACAGUAUUUUGUAUAGAAAUGCAUUGUUAUAUAAUAUAUAUAUCUUUACUUGUAAAUAUGAUCCUCUAAAACACA